UAGGCCUCGGUGAAACGGCUUAAAAUAUAGUAUAAACAAACAGCGGAGGAGGGAAGGAAGAGAGAAGGGGGUGUUAACAAACGAACCAGCUGUUGUUCAUUCUGCUUGAACACACAAAUGACGACGCGGUGGGGGUUCAGAAGAGUAGACCACCCAAAUGGGGGUAUUUCCCACCGUCCAAAUUUUCGCGUGGGGAUGUGCCACUGAACCGUUGGAAACCAGCUCGGAAGCAUGUCCAGGUGAGUUCCUGCGCACGCGGAAGGGGAACCCACCAAUAAGCGGCGGCGAAUGAGCGGCGAAUGAGCGUCAGGCAGCAAGCAGUAACUGUGACGAAUAACCCUGACGAAUAACCCUGACGAAUAACCCUGACGAAUAUCUGUGGCCACCCCCUUUUUUAAAAAGGCGAAAGCGCUUCGUGCAAAAUGAGCGCCCUUAAAAUUCUCCAGAGGGUGGUGACCAAGGGAAAGCUGCCCCCCCCAAAAGGGCUCUCCAGGGCAGCCACGCGAAAAUUUACAAGUGAAGGGAAAAAAAUUUGGUACAGCGGACCGAAAGAUACCUACAUAAACAGCGGAUUUGAGUUAAAAAACGAAGACACAGAAAAGCUAAUCGAAUUGCUGAAGGAGAGUUUAAAGUUAAAGCUGCUCUCAUGUACAUACUGCUCGGAAGACAUUGCCAAGCACUACUUAGAGCUAGCCAUUAUGGAACAUAAAAAUUUGCUACUGAAUGACUCCAAAAAUCACUAUUUAAAAAGUUUCGAAAUUUAUAAAAAAAUUUUUGGAGAAUUAAGCAUCAUGUGUGCAAACAUACAGACGUACUUAGGCGUUGUACAUAAAGAUCUGGGGGACUUAAAAAAGGCAGAAGAGUUUUUGCAAUUAUCGCUAGCUAAUAAAAGGCUAAUAAUAAAAAAUGAAAAUUAUUUAAUCAUCGAUACGUUGAAUAACCUCGGCUCGUUGUACCAACAUAAGAAAGAGUUUGAAAUUUCUGUUGGCUAUUUUGAGGACUGCAUAAGGUUGUUAAUUUCUUCCCCUAUUGAGCUGAACAAAAACGAACAGAUAGCCUUGUGCUAUUAUAACCUCUCCUUUUCCUACUUAGGGUUAAACGAUCCCCACUCUGCCAUCACCUGCUUAAUUCGAUCCUACGCUGUUGCGCGGGAAACGUUCGGCCCUGACCACACCUUGACGGUUCGGAUUAGGGAGCUGCGAAGGAGGCUGGAGCGGGAGAGAGGCGCGGCUAAGUGA